UCUCCACGCGGGCGGAUUGCUAACGGUACUUUUGGAUACUUGGAUGCAAGCACAUCUGGUCGUUCCGCUCGCGCACACAUAUCGAAUCUGUUGGCCGAGGAGCAGCUUGCCGCGCGCCAAAAGUCCAAAAAGUGAAGAAAACGCCAACGAGCGUGAAAAGUUGAAGAAAAACCAAAAAUAAAUAUGUGAGUGCCGUGCGUAAGUGCGUGCGUGUGUGUGCAUUUAUUUUUAAGCGUCGACUCGGCCGCCGGCCCCCGAAGGCGAAUGUGAAGUGUAAGCGACAAGAGCGACCGAAAACCGAGAAAAAAAAUAAAAUAAAUUAUAUCAAAACAAAAAUAGCCCCCAAACGCCGGCAAAGGAUAGAGCGUGACGGAAACGGAGACGAAGACGGGAGCGCGAGAGUGGGGCACAGGGUGCGGAACGAGAGAAUUAGCACAUUUGGCGAAAUGAGAGCGACACCAAAAACGGAGUCUCCACUCCUCCUGCUUGCCUUGCUCCUCCUGGGAGUGGGUCUCCUUGCAACCGGAACGGAUGCCGUUAGUUCUUAUGGCGCCUCCUUCAUCUCCAAUCCGGCCAUAUACGCCUACAGUGUGGAGAAUCAACAGGAACAGGAACGGGAACGGGAGCAAGAGCAGGAGCAGAACGACAUCAAGUUCGCCGCUACAAAUGCAAAUGCGAAUGGCAAUUCCAAUUCCAAUCUGAAUCGUAAUUACUACUACACGUCCGAUCCCAAUCAGAGUCCGAAUGUCAAUUCGAAUGUCAAUCCCACGCCAGCGCUGGCCACGCCCCCCGCCACACAGCCCGCCCCCCAAACGGGCUGCACCCUGGAUCGGCUGGCCGUCUACAAGGUCGUCUUGCACACCUACUGGACCCGCGAACUUUUCCCCAAGCACUAUCCCGACUGGCGACCCACCGCCCAAUGGACCAAGACACUAGGUCGCACCCACAAUGCCAACUAUGCACUGUACCACAUCGGACAGCCGGCGACGGCGGCCGUCAAACAGUUUGCGGAGACGGGUCGCUCGGAUCUGCUGGACAGCAAUGCCGGCGAACAGCAGCAGCAGCAGAUGCAGACAGGCAAAUCCCCAACUGGCAGCAGCAGCAGCACUGCCACUAGUUCCACCUCCACGUCCCCAUCUGGUGGUUCCCCCAUUCAGGAGCGGAGUGUGUUCGACGAGUUCAGCAUGCCGGCGAUUCCAUUGGGUGCCGGACGCAGCGAGGCGAAGGUGUUUGUCGACAGCAAUCACAGCCUGGUCUCGCUAAUGACACGCAUUGUUCCCUCGCCGGAUUGGUUCAUCGGCGUGGAUUCGUUCGAGCUCUGCGUGGGUGGCUCCUGGAUCGAUACCGUGACCGUUGAGCUGGAUCCCUUGGAUGCCGGCACGGACAACGGGUUCACCUUUACGGCUCCAAAUUGGCCAACAGCACCGCAGGGUGUCAUCUAUCGGAUCACCUCGCGUUAUCCUGGCCAUCCGGCGGGCAGCUUUUAUUAUCCGAAGAGCAAGCGCCUGCCGCCCAUUGCCACGUUCCAGUUUAUCAAGCUGAAGGAGUACGAGCUGAGCGAGGUGUUCAACAUUGCCGAGGACGAUCGCAAGUACGAAACGGUCCAGACCCAGACACACCUGGAUGCGGAGCACAACCACGUCGAGAUGAACAACGAGCUCUCCGCCAGCAUCGAGCGGGAGCGGCAAACGGAGCAGCAACAGUCGCAGCAACAGCAGCAACAGCACCAGCAGCAGCAACAGUUGCAGCAAUAUGACGAGAGGCAGCGCAUUCGCUCCCAGCUGUUGGCCAAAAUGAAUCCCAUCUACAGCUACAACAAUAGCCAGCAGCCGGCUCCUGGUCAGGUGGUCAGCGUGGUGCCCAAGAACGACAAGCAUGCCAUCCUGCAGAGCAUUGCCAGCAGCUAUCGGCGUGCCACGGAUUCCGGCAACAGCCUCAAUACCUCCAACCUGACCCAGUCCCAGUCGCAGUCCACAAAUGGAGCCGGCGGCGGUGGCCCGUCCUCCCGCCGGAGGAGCUCGUCACAGAGGCGCCGCGACUGCCGGGUGAGCCACUGGUCCGAGUGGACGGCCUGCAGCAAGAGUUGCGGCAUUGGCGAGAUGCAUCGCUACCGCAAGGUGAUCAAGCAUGGCAAGCGAGGAGGACGACCCUGUCCGGCGCUCCAGCAAUCCAAGUGGUGCGGCACCGAGCGCAAUUGUCACGGGUCGCAGACCUAUUUUAAUUGGUCCGAUUCCGAUACAUGAACGAACCCCGUGAAGGCGGUGGCGGCCCAGGCGAUAUAAAUAUAAUUUUAAUUUAAGGCGUAAGAAUUGCUUUUUCUGUGUGAACAAGAAAGACCAGCCAGGCCAUUUUGGGGGACAGUGUGGAUCAUCCCGCCAUGAGAUUUUAAUUUAAAUUUAGAUUAUCAUACGAAAUUGAUUUUAGAGCAGCCCGCAAAUGCAGAGACAUCCAUGAUGAUGGCGAGAAGGUGGAAUAAAUUGAAAACGGCAAUGGCUAGAUGGGAAGACUACUGACAAUAUUUAAAACACAAAAAGGAUUUAGACAGAGGACAAAAAGAGGAUAAAAGCCAUUUGUCUUGAACAUUUUUUGGGUUUAUGCGUUCAUCUUGAUUUACAUUGAUCCUUUGGUUGCUUUAGCUCUAAAUAAUAUGUAAAAAAUCAUCAUGAUAAAAUAUGAGAAACGAAGAAAAAAAAAAAACCAAAAACAGAGAAAAGAAAUUUGAACAGUAGACACGUACAAAGUUUAGAAAGCAAAUCAAAGUGGAGAAGGAAACAGAAGAAAGCGUGAAAAUUUGCAUACCCAAACAAGGAAAAAUGGAAACAAAACCAAAAGUGAAAAACCAAAUACAACCACACACGGGAAACUAUAAGCGUGGACCCAAUGUGUGUAGUUCAGCAACUAAGCUAAUAUUAGAUGUAAACUAAGCUAACUAAUAACUUUAAAUGGAUUGCAAUAAAAGUCAACCCCAAAAAGAAA